AUUUGUUCAGGUUUUUUAGUUGAAGGGCUGGUGGAUAAACUCAAACGAAUAUCGCGUCGAGUCAUUAUAUAUUUGCGACUGUAAAUACUCGUAAUGAUAAUGCCUUCAUUUUGCCCUUAAUCAAUUCAUAUCGUGAAUUUUCCAAGUACACUAGCUAACCUAGCUUUUGCAUGAACCCAGUCUACGACAUAACCUAUAAUGCCUGAUGAAUAAUAAUGACAAACAUCAUUCGAUUAUAACCUCUUUCGAUAUUUUGUGUAUGAUGAAUCUACAAUGACUCAAACUUAUGAUAAUUAUUACAGUGAAUUCCAAAAAAAUGCAGAAUUACAGCAGAAUCUGAGAUAUAAGAAAAAGUACCGGAGAUUAAAAAGGAUCAUAAAGGAUACAGUAUUCGAAAAUGCAGCAUUGUGCGAUCAAGUUGCACAAAUGCAAGAAAAUCUUAUGCUUGUAAAAGAAGAGAGACUGUUCCUUUUACGUAAAUUAUGUCAGCAACAAGGGGAUAUAGAUCCUUCUACGAUGAUAGCUCGAUCUCAAUCAAACAGUAUUAAUUCUAGUUCAUUUAACCCAGAAUGCUCUACACCUAAAAAGACUACAAAGAAAAGGAUGUCAACAGAAGGCUCAGAAACAAAAAAUAAAGCCAAACGUUACAAUAAAACUGCGAGAAAGGUGGUCCAAUUAAUACCAUUAGAUGUCCAUGGAAGACCUAUAUUCCCUAUUUCGUUAGGUGAUCUUACUGUCUACUCCCUUGGAGAAGUAGUGACAGAUAGAAUAGCUUAUCAUACAGAGGAUCUCAUUUAUCCAGUAGGUUAUUGCAGCACCAGAGUAUAUGCUAAUUUAAGAGAUGUGAGAACAAAAAGUUUAUACACAUGUAAAAUAUUAGAUGGUGGACCAAAACCAAGAUUUGAAAUUGUAUCUGAUAAUGAUCUAGAUCAACCAUUAGUUGGCUCUACCCCUGAUGAAUGUCAUUCCAAGCUAUUAAUGGCAAUUUCUCUUGCGCUUCGUUCAAUAACACCAAAGGGGGCUGAUUUCUUUGGAAUUUCACAUCCCACUGUACAAAAUCUCAUACAAAGCACACCUGGAACUCGUAAAUUGGCCAUUUACAAACAGCAACGCUUCGAAGUAAGCAAAAAUCAACCAAUGGAAAGGGGGACUAGUCCGAUAAUGGAAGAAGAAACAGAUCCAGGACUGGGAUUUGCAGCUUUACAUAGGCAUUAUGCUUUAGCAAAUUCAUACAGAAUUAAAGAAGAACCAUCUGAUAACGAUCUUUUAGCUCUUCAAGAACUUCUUUCGCCUCUCAAAUUGACGAUGCUUGAGCCAACUAUGGCUCAUACCCUUCUUUGCAAGCCAUAUAGGAGAACAGCUUAUCUACUUUAUUCUGGACAAGCUCCACUAUUAUCCACUUUUUGUAACAAAAAUACCUUUAUUUUUCUAAAUAAACUAGUCUGCAUAUGGUUACGGCCUGGAGGAAUAGAGAGCCCUCCUGAAGGAGGGAAAGCUCCCUCUGCUACAUCAAGUAUUAAACUCAUAUGGCUUGCGAAGGAGAAGAAGUUCGACAGAUCUGUUUUAUGUGAAAGAAAAACUCUUAAAAACUAGUAUAUUCAUUUCACUAUUUUGUACUAUUUAUAAAAUUAUAGUGUAUAA